AGUAAGUAAAAAUCUUCAAUAAAGUUUUUUUGAACAAAAAUUUAAUAUAUAAUAACAAUGUGAUUUGUACUGAUGAUGACUGUGGUACGACAAACAAUAUAGUUCCAAAUUUAUAAGUAACAAGACUGAAUAUCAAUUUGAUUUGAAAAUGGAUGAAAUUGGAAGGAUGAACGCGAAUAAGAGUAUGCCAAUCCACCAGCAGGUGAUACUUGGAAGUUUAUCACGUAUAAUAUCAACUACGCUUCUCAUUCCUCUCGACGUGAUCCAACUGAGGUAUCGGUAUCCUGACACAUGGUGCGCAGAGAUGUUCAGGCUGAUGGUAAAGAGCAAGGAUCGGUCUGGACCCUUUGAAAUGAUGACGGCAACUAAGUUCCGGACGAGAGUAUAUCGAUCUCUGCGAUGGGGGGUCUUCUAUUGUCUUUUCGAUCGCCACAAAAAGAACUGUAACUGUAAAGGGCUCAUACCUCUGUUCCACAAGACGUACCUGCUAACUGGACGCCCUAUUGUCAUACAGGCUAUUCGGCUCGGAAACUCGAGUGCGGCACUGAAUUACUUGCAUGAGAGGCAGAGAAUACGAGAGCGAAAAAUGAUAGCAAAUUUUAUCAAAGACAUCAAUUCCCAAUUCUACGCUGCUAUGAACGGUAUCACGUUGAACCUGCCCACAUUAAGCCUGCCCACGUUGACCCUGCCCUCGGUGAAUUGGCCAUCUAAUAUUACCCUUACGGCAGCUAUUAUAGCGUCAGCGUUGUUGCACCCUCUGGACGUGUUCAAAGUACGUCUGCAGAUGUACCCGGAGGCGUGGGGCAUGAGUUUGUUGCGCAACAUGUUGCGGUGCGAGGGUAUCCGUGCUCCAUUCACAGGCUUGACGGCCAGUAUACUUCGCCAAACUACAUACACUGCUACCAGACUCGGGUCCUAUUACUUCAUGUAUGAACAUCAAAAGAGAAAGUACAACCGUGCCCCGAGUUUUCCGGAGAAGCUGGCUAUAGGUUCGUAUGCUGGAGUAAUGGGUGCGUUCGUGGGCUGUCCCUCAGAGAUAGUCCUCGUCCGCAUGAUGGCAGACGGCCCGGUAGAUCCCUUCAGACGGUACAAGGGACCUGUGGAUGCUUUUGUCAAGAUAUGGAAGACGGAGGGAUUCAACACAUUCUGGCGCGGCGCCCUCCUCACAAUGUCACGAUCAGUCGUCGUCAGUGUAGCACAAAUUGGAACAUACGCCAAGGCAAGAAAUUAUUUGGUAGAAAAAAAUCGGGCCCAUGGUUUUCUACUUCACCUCUAUACGUCGAUGUUCGCCAGUCUAGUCACUGCGAUAUUGACAUUACCGCUGGAUACCUUCAAGACGAGGUACCAGGUAGCGAGCAAUGAGUCCCACCGAGACGUGUACCACAAGUUCAGGCAGGAGACCGGAGUGAUGGGACUGUACAGAGGGUUCACUCCAUACUACAUGAGGCUCACAGUACACACACUGAUUACAUUCUACUUAUUAGAAAUGUUAUUUGAAGUACAUCGAAAUCGAAAGAAGAUAGUAACGGAAAAGUGAUAUUUUAUUGUUGUUUCGUCUUGAAAUGAAAUAUUUAUUGUUGAAACCUAUUCACAAUGGCGUGUUGUAAAUGUCACGUGCUCGCUUAAAAAAAAACAAAUAAACGAAAGAGCUGGUCAAUUUAUUAAUGUUUUGGAAAAUGACUUAUAGGCUUUUUAGCUCAGGGACGAAUGGUUAACAAUACCUUCGAGUGCCCUAAAUAUCUCCCUAGAAUUUUCGGUAGUAAGCUCGAUGGAAUGAUUGAGAAUAAAUUCAGAAUUUCGUUUAUUUUGUACCGUGUUUGUAUUUGCUACUGAAUUUAUUACUUGUAUACAGAAUGACAAUGUUAGUUACAUGAAACCUAGUACUAAGCCGAA